AAUACAAUUCUUUCUCCCGUGCAUUGGUUUCCUGUUCUACCUUUCUGCACUCGAACACGUCGUUCUGCUUCUGGUCGACAUCGCUUGCUUAUCAAGCCAUAUACGCAGACGAGCGAGAGUGUUUGUUUGGGUGGUGUUGUUUUCGUUGUGUGCUAGGUUGCGCGGAACACCAAGCAUGGAGGAACCGCGGGAAGCGCAGAGUGGACCGACGAAACACUCAUCCGACACAGUGCAGACCGAGGACGAAUCAACACAACGGCCAACCGUUGGUAGGAUGGUAGUAAUUUGUCGCAUUUGUCUCUCCACCCGUCCUCGGAUGAUAUCCAUUCACAGUCCGGUUCCGGAGUACGAUCAGAAGACACUGUACGCCAUGCUACUGUCCGUCUGUCUACCACUGAACCAUCGCGAAACGGUACAGGGCUUUCCGGAGCAAAUUUGCCGUAACUGCCAAUGGAAGCUACUAACGGCAUACGAUCUGUACGAAACAACCCUGGCCAGUGACGAGGAGCUGCGAGCUCAGAAGAAUCCGGGAACAGUCACCAAGGUACCAAAGAUACCGCAAACGAGCGAGGUGAUAAAACCGGAGAGUGUACCGAUGACACCGAUCGUGGGUAACGAUGGUGUUAUCCGCGUAAAGGAAGAAACUCCCGACGAUGGGUACGAGGAACAAUACGGACCGGGUAGUAGAACCGAAGACGAUAGUAGCAUGACUUACGAUCCAUGCGGUGAGAUCAAGAACAUUAGUGUACAUCCGGAUGUUUCAAUGCUAAUUCAGCGCACCGAACAGGGAGAGGGGGAAGAGGAAGACCCCGGGUUGUUGGAGGAAACGAAACCCCCGAUUCCGGACCCGAUGGAGAGCUUUAUCGCGGAGCAUUACCAGGUUGACAAGGCCAGUGGUAAUCAUGUGUGCGGGUUGUGCAAACAAGACUUCCCGUACAAGAGUCAGUGCCGGAUGCAUAUUGCGCAAAAGCACAAUCCGGCCAAACCGUUCAAGUGUGACAUCUGUUUCUGCACGCUCACCAGCCAUCUGCGGUUGGUGAGGCAUAAGAUAGUCGCCCACGGUGCUGGCCAGAUCAAGCGCGAAGACGUUAUAGAAGCGCAUAACGAUAGUACUGGCGAGAUGACGUUCUCCUGUCCGAUCUGCCGGAAGGUGUUUAAUUCGUCCGUACGGUUCAAGCGCCACAAAAAUGUACACGUCGUGCACAAUCGGCCAUUCAAGUGCGAGGUGUGUUUGUACCGGUUCGCCACCAAACCGCAGCUGACGCAGCACGCCAAGGUACACGAAACGAAACCACAGUCCGGUCUGUCGCCUGGCAGUUCCGAGGUAGGUGAGUUCCCUUGCGACCGUUGUGAGGAAAUAUUCGCGGGCAAGCGUGCACUCACGAUGCACCUGAAGAAGGCACACCAGGUGUACCGUGUCGCAGGUGGCGCACGACCGGAUGAGCGCGAACGCAGCGAGUACGUAUGUAUCAUCUGCAAGGCAACGUUCGCGCGCGAAACAGUGCUGAAUACGCACAUGAAGAUGCACGAACUGUUGGCGGCCGAAAAGGAAAAGGAACGGCGACUAGAUCUUGAGCGCAUGGUAAAGCAGGAACUGCAGCAGCAGAUGCAGCUAAAUAUGCCGCCCUUACCGCCACUAUCGCCAGAAGUGGUUGACCGAUCGGCUUGUGUGUUAGAACCGUUCGCGCUGGGGUUGGUGCCGGUAGCGAAGACGGGUACAGCUACGGGCACAAACAAUAACAACAAUACCAGUAUCAACAAUAACAGCCCACCGACUGUUAGUGGAUCCGGUGGACCAAGUGGUUUAGUGCCGGGCGGUAAACGGAAGAUACCGAUACCGCCACCAACGUCAAGUGAUAUGGCGUACGUGUGUCCAGUCUGUGACAUGGAGUUUGACGAACGCGAUGCGCUGAAGAAACAUCAGAUAGAGAAGCACGCAAGGCUACAGGUUGGCAUCGUGUCAUCGAAGCUUGGCGAACCUAACAGCCCAAGCACUGGUUGUAAUCCGCAGGCGAAAAAGAUGCCACGAUUUUCCGAUAUGCCGGAAUUGAAAAUGAGGCUAAUGGAUAGUUCUGUACGGCCGAGCAAAAAGCGACUGCUAGCCGAUACGACCGCAAUGAACUAUAUUGACGAUGGUGAACCAUUGGAUCAUGAUGAGUCGCUGGACAACGAUGGGCAUAUCACUGCCGGCCUGUUACCCAUCGAUGACAUUCCCUCCAGUACUGAUCGGCGGUCCGCAUCUGGCGCCGCAGCGACAACCCCUUGCGAAGAACCAUCUCAGUUCCAGUGCGAACUGUGCCAUAAAAAGUUCCCAUACAACUGUUACUUAACCAUGCACAUGCGAAAGAACCACGACAAAUCGAAACCGUUCGGCUGUAAAGUGUGCCAUUAUCGUUUCGGGUAUCGAGGAACGUUGCUGCGCCACCAGCUUAUCCACUCUUCGCAGCGUGUCCAACCCGGUAGUCAUGGCUCGAUCAUCUUCAAGUGUCGAAUCUGUUCAGCCAAAUUUUUGGAGCUGAAGCAAUUAAACGUACAUUUGAAAACGCAUCGAAAAGUGGUCAAUAAUGUGUCCGAUACAAACCGGCAGGUGCAAUUGAUACAGUGCGACGAAUGUCCGCAAAUUUUUAGCGAACCGGCUCAGCUGGCCAAACACAUGCUGAAGGAGCACCAGAAACACGACAGCAGUGAUGAUGAUUUAUACGAUACGGUACAGCAUGCAGGGCUGCUGGUUAAUCCAUCUUCAUCGUCUUUUCGAGCCGAUAGCAGUUAUACCAGUGCGUCCACCCUAAACGAUCUCAAACUAAACUCCGAACAGUCAAAGGACGAUGGGACAACCCAUGAAGAAGAAUUCUUGGACGAUGAUAUAUCGAUGAUCAAGAUAGAGCCACAUAAUUUGGCCCACGGUAUGGCGACCUUAAACUACAGAACACCAUCGGCCGCCAAGGCUCCAACGAACGGCGGUGGUCAAGCUCAUCAUCAUCGCCGCCACAGCCAUCAUUCCUCCGGUAUGCCCAAAACAGUGUACGGAAUGUACGCACCCACCACGAACAUAGGGCAUAGUCCAGGUGGUUACCUUCAGCAGCAGCACCAGCACCAACAAUACCAACAUCCACAUCAACCAUCACACCGCAUGCAACAGUCCGCACUGUAUGCGUCUCCAUCGGGCGGGCAACCGGUUAUCAACCCUCCGGUAGCGGCCGCACCGUCAGUGAUGGAGGAUGAUGAUGAUUUUCUCAGCGAAAUUACCGUACAGUUCGAUGACGGUGUGCAGACGCUGUACGUCGGUCCGGUGGAAAUCAUCGACACCAAAGGAGGCAUCGUCGAUGAGCCGCCUGCUAAGCCGGAUCCACCAUCAUCCGUAUUGUCGAUGGUUCGAUCACGAGAACGCUUGCAAGAAGAACGAGCGAUCGUAACCCUGGAACCAGUGGGCGGCAAGACCAAAAGCCAGCCGUUACCGAUGUACCUCCAGCAACAGCACGAGCAGCAAAAACAACAACAUCAACAGCAUGUACGGCAACAAGCGCAACAUCAACAACAGCAAAAGAAACAGAACGAGCAACAAGAAAUACAGCGCCAGCAACAUCAGCAAAAAGAGCUACAGCGCCAGCAACUUCAGCAGAAAGAACUACAACGCCAGCAACAUCAGCAGAAAGAACUACAACGCCAGCAAAUUCAGCAGCAAGAACUACAACGCCAGCAAUUUCAGCAGCAAGAACUACAACGACAGCAACAGCAGCAGCAAGAACUACAACGACAGCAACAAGAACUACAACGUCAGCAACAGCAGCAGCAAGAAUUACAACGCCAGCAACAUCAGCAGCAAGAACUACAACGCCAGCAACAUCAACAGCAGCAGCAGCAACUGCAUGAACCACAAAGGCUUCAGCAGAUGAGGCUUAAACAGCAGGCACUGCUACAGCAGAUGAAUCUCAUGAAGGAAUUAUCACCUGAGCAGUUGGUGUUAUUGCAGCAGCAAUCUAGCUUAAAAUCGAUGACUGAUUUUCAACUAACGCUUAACGCGCAACUACAACAUAAUCAACAGCAGCAGAUAUCCCGCAGUAUUGAUUGGUAUCAGACCCAGCACGAGUUGCUCCGGCAGCAUCAAUUCAUGCGAUACCAGCAGCAGUUGCAGUGUAACCAGCAGCUGAAGGCACAGAAGCAAGCGGAAAAACCAACGACACCGGCAGCACCGCGGCCCAAGAUGUGCAUUAAGCAAGCACCGAUGCUAAACUUUGCGCUGCACAACGUUCCAUCCAGCAGCAGCAGCAGUAACAUGAACAAACAGCCAAAAAUUGUCUCCGAUGGCGGUAUGAAACGGUCACUCUCGUUGGUCGAUGGACGAACCACCAGCGAAAAGCACGCGGAUCGGGUUACACCGCCGGCACCGAAACGUCCCGCACAUGUUUCCGAAGCUGGACGGCUGGGUGAGUUUGUACCGGCGACGGUUCUACGAUCUCCACCAACACCGACACAGCCGGUCGCCAUUAGGGUAGCGGCUGAAGCUCAACCGCAACAGCAACAGCAACCGCCCGUCCUGCUGACACAGCUCAAACAAGAACCCAUCACCGAGGAACGGGAGGAGGAGAACGCGGAACCGGAUGCAGUGGUACCAUCACCACCACCACCGCCAUCUCCUGCACUAGCAACAACGCCCCUCAUCGAAAUCAAGCCCUCCAUAGCUGCCGUAGUGGAAGAACCCAUCGAGAAAUCGGCAACCAUCAUGGCUUCCACGGAGAGGACGGUAUCGCUGCAGCCGGCAAUGGCGUCCACCGAACGAUCGGGCGAUAUUGUAACUGCGAUGGUUGAAGAGCAAGCGGCAACUGUUUCAUCUGUUGCUGUUGUUCCGAAAGGCACGCUUGAGAACGGCAUCGAAAACGCUGGCGAAAGGCAACAUGGCAAGGAUGAUGAAAUUCAGCGCCCCAUGACGAAUGGUACGCAACAGCUGCGGGAUGGGACAAUGAAGGAAAUGGCGUCUCCAUCACUGGCUGUUAAUGUAGCCGUAACUGCCGCUGUCGAGCAAAAAGCAGUGAUUGUAAAACGAGGACGAGGUCGUCCACCAAAAGCAUCAUAUCAGAAACCCGUUGCCUCGGCUACAGUACCGACGGAAUUAGCAUCAGCACAAGAACCAGAAACAAUCAGCAGUAGCUCUUCAAUGAUUGCAACACCUGGGGCAACCGAUUUGGACGGCAGUAUUAAGAUCGGCGACCAAUCGCAAGCUGAAGAAGUGAAAAAAUCAUCUAAAAAACGAGGGUACAUAUCAGUGGCGGCCCUGUUCGCCCCGGCAAAGGUUGCUCGCAAGCAACAAAAAGAUCGUAACGUUGGUGAGCCUGAGAGCUGUGAAGCGAUUGUAUCCGCCACACAACCAGAGGGAACUGUAACGGCCGACGAAAUUGUUUCAAGUACUGUUGAAGUAAAUGUAGCAAACGAUAUAACUGAAAAUAAGACUGAGCAAAUGGUACCUGCACCAGUCGCCAGUGUUCCAAACGGAGUUUCAAACGAUACGGUAGUAAACGGGCUCAGCAACUUACAGGAUGAGAUCACCGUACAACCUCGACCGCCUGUGGGAAAGACAAGAGAAGGAAGCGUUGCUAGUGGUGAUGGUGGUGAGUCGUCCGUUUCGUCGUUGGAAGAAGGUGCGAGUGUAGCGAAACAAACGACCGUCCUAGCGGAUAUGGACCCGGGUACGGAAAAAGAAUCUUCACCGGCUAGUGAUAGUGGGAUCGAAUCGGUAAAUGAAUCUGGCACGAAGAAUGCAAGUAAAAAGCUAAAAGAACGUUCCAAAUCUUGUUUGAGCAUUCCAAGUACGCCUGCUGAGCAGGGCAAACUUCAGCAGGAAGAGCAAUCACAAUCACAGCUGGCGGUGAAGGAAGAAAAGGAACAAAGGAGUCGUGCUGUUAGUCGUAGAGUGACCAUCGCAGGAGGCGAUAUCGUUGGCAACGAGCACGAUGACGAAGAGGAGGAACAUGAUGUAAAGGUGGGCCGUAAGAGUAAGCGAACUGUACGUGCAACACGGAAACCAUCCGCAAAAGCGAAGGAAGCGGCUGAAGCAGCCGAAGCUGCACAACACGUGGCCCUUUCGAGCGGAGAAGAAUUUCAGUGUCCCAAAUGUGAAAUGUGCUUCAAGACUGAGAUGUGGUACAAAAAGCACUUGAUAAAAUAUCACGGCAUCGAUCUGAAAAACCAGAGUGCGCAAUUGCUUUCGUCGUCCGUUGAUCGCGAUGUUGAAAAUGAAACGCUCCCUCUUGCAGAUGUGCAUGGAGCGGAACCGCACGUGCCGGUACUGCCGGUCGUAAAUGGUGACAUUGUAGCGAAUGAAUUCAGUACGGAACAGGAUAUAUCUGCAGCCGCCGCAGCAAUGGUUGAAGCAGUAGUUAGUGCAGAAAUUACACAGGAUGACACCGAGGUGGACGAAAUUUCAAAAAUUCAACCAGCUGUAGCUGUCGAAACGAAAGUUUCCAGUGGACGGAAAAGAAAAUCUACUCCAUUCAGUGCUGAUGAGCAUGCACCAUUAACCGAAACAGGACCAUCGUACACGGCACUGUCAAGCGACAGUCGAACAGGGGAGAAUGAUUUGGUUCUGCCCGUUGUCACAAACGUGAAAGUGGAAUACCGAGCUUCCGAAGUAAACAAUCGUAAUCUGGUGGAAGCGGACGACGAGACCGUGCCAACCGAUGAUACAGAUACACCACUAUCGAGUACUAAGAAACGCAACAAAGCAAACCGUAAAUCGAUGAUAACGUCGCCGGUCAUGGAAACAACGAAGGUGGUAAAACCGGACCCGGAUGAGUCGGACAAGCUGACACCAUUCGAGACGGCCAAGGUGACUAUGCUCGAGUCGGAAAUGACGGGUGAAACGCACUACACCUGCACGAUCUGCGGUGGUCAGUUUACGGGUAAAUUGGCGAUCAAGGAUCACCUCGGCACGGUACACGCAGCCAUUAAGCGACGCUCAUGCGAAUACUGUGGACGUACCUUCGUGCAAACCGGUGAUCUGACGCGACACAUUCGCAUACACACCGGUCAUCGACCGUUCAAGUGUCCGGUGCUAGAAUGUAGCUUCGCGUUUAUCUCAUCGGGCGACCUGCACAAGCACGUGCGGCGUCACAACCAGCAGCCGUUACCGAAACCACACAUAUGCGAUCAGUGCGGCAAGGACUUUGAGCGUUCGUACGAUUUGAAGCGUCACAAGACAAUGCACGCAAAAAGUGAGCCUGACUUUAAGGGCAUUUCGUGCGGUGUGUGCGGUAAAAUCUUUGCUCGCCAGGACCAGUUUCGGGCGCACACGUACCGACACAUCGGCUACCGUCCGUACCAGUGUGAGAUCUGUGGCAAGGCAUUUACCGAUCCGAGCAACUACUCCAAGCAUGCACGCUUGCACGAAAUGGAUGGCGUCGAGGUAGUGUGUAACUUCUGUGGCCGUCCGUUUAAAAACAAGAGCGCCAUCUCGAAGCACAUCUUCCACUGUCAGCAGAAGACAGCCGGUGGGCGUAAAGCGCCGCUCAAACGAGGCGGCAAGAAAAACCGUGGCACUGGCACAGAGGAGAGCAAGAAAACCCGUCGCGUUGGAUUGGCGGUCGGGUUUGGAAAGGAUAGUUCGAUACCGAUUUUGGUAAAUCCAAAGCAGGAAAAGGAUACUUACGAUGAACUGCGAGCCGGUAUUGUUACUAAACGUGAACAGUUGGAUUCGGAGCUAGAGAGCUUUGGUGCGGGUUCAGGAGGGCGCACAAAACAACAGCAGAAACAGCAAGCGUCUCGAAAGCGUAAGAAACGUCGCCAGCGAAUGCCAUCCUCGACCGAGGAGGAUGAUGAGGCGGAAAGCGAUGACGACAGUGGGGAUGAUUUUAUCGGUCCGAGUUCCUCCCGCGAUCCGUACGGGGCCGAACGGGGAUCGGCAGUAAAGCGGGAUCGUCGCAGCAGGAAGAGUCAAAGUGCUACUUUGGCUGGACAGCUGUCAUGCUCAUCGCAUGAUGACCUCGAUAAGUAAGUGCUCUUCCGGUAAUAUAUUACGCCGUCUCGUGGUUUUUUUAUGGAAGGUUUAAGAGCGAAAAGGUUUUAAGUAAAACAAAGGUCUUUGUACUUCCAAUAUAGGCGAUAGACUCUUACGUUUCCAUGCGAUCCAAUAAGCAAUAAUGACACGUACCGAACGAUAUGUGUAGUAGAUAUUAUAUUUAGCAGAUGGCGACGCGCGUAAAAAGGGCGUCCCGCGCUCUUGUGUGCAUUCGAUUUAAUUGAAGCAUACAUUUACAAAGCAAGAAAGGACAUGAGAAAGUAGAGUUCCCCAUCCACUGUUUAUAGUGGAACUGUCCUAUUACACUUAUUCUUACUUAAGUGUUCUUAAGUGUAGGAUCGAAUUCAGGUAGCAAGCAGCAUAAAAGUCUUUUGAAUUUUUUUACAAUAUUUUUUUAUUAUCAUUUGCAAACAGAAAAGGGUUCGUCGCUUACGAUUUUGUUUAUCGUGAACUUUGAAAAUAUCUGUUCUGUAUCAAGAUGCUUUUGUAUCAUUCUAUUUUUUCUAUUUUUGCCGGUUUUCUGAUAUGAAACAUUCAAACAGUAUACUGUCAUGAUAAAGCAUAGCAUGGGUUGACUAUCAUAGCCUACUAUGCACACGUUAUAAGUGGCGCGACUCUCUUGGUUACGUACAUAGAGUGAGUUAUGAGAUACUAUAAGGAAUAAGUGAGUGAGCUCUUCUUGGCGCAUAUGAGCUAAUAAAUAUAUCUCCCCCGGGAAAAAGAUCAUAUUAUGGCAAGCAAGGUCAAGCGACUAUCAUAACAAAGACGCAAAGCAAAACUUAAGCUGAUUGAUUUGGAAAGAAUAAAAAGCUCUAGUUAGAUAUGCUUUCGACAUGCAGGACAAAAGGAUCGUGCCCCCCGUCUCGAUCAAGCCGAUCUUAAACCAGAUCCAGCCACAACGGU